UGUCCUGUAGUCUCUUAAACUGACUGGAAGACAGGGGAAGAAUUGCCUCUCAUACACUGACUAGCUGAGAGGACAGAGGAAGAAUAUUUUCUGAGAGGACAGGAGAAGAACCGCCUCUCACACAUUGAUUAGUUGAGAGGACAGAGGAAUACUAUUUUCUGAGAGGACAGGGGAAGAAUAUUUUCUGAGAGGACAGAGGGAGAACCGUUUCCUGGCAGCUAGGAAGAUGAGGAGGUUCCAGUCCAUGAGAUGGUUUCGUUUUCCCUGGUUAAGGAGAGAGACCGCACAGACUGAGACCAGCCCACUCAUACCAAAGACAGACACAGAUAGAGAGUUGUCAGGAGUCCUUCAGGGGAGUGAGGACAGCAGCACAGAAGAACAGGCUCCAGAACCAGGACCUAAUGAUGGACCAGAGAACCAGGGUAGAACCAGGGAGGUAGAACCCAGAGCCCAUAGCAGGCCCUUCUCCCUGAGCGACUGCCUUCUCAAGUACCUCCUGUUCUUCAGCAACCUCCUCUUCACGGUGCUAGGCCUGUUGGUCCUGGCCCUGGGUCUGUGGGGCCUCAUCAACAAGGAAUCCUUCGCUCAGGAGAAAGGACAGAUCAGCACUGACCCCAUGCUGGUGUUUGUGAUGCUGGGCUUGGUGCUGUCCACCCUCUGCCUCCUGCAGGGACAGAUAGAGGGAUACCUGAGGUCAGGUAUGCUGGCUGCCAUGGUGCGUUACCAGGAUGACCUGGACCUGAGGUUCAUCACAGAUGAGAUCCAGAUAGGACUGCAGUGCUGCGGGGCCAACAACUACAGAGACUGGCAGGUCAACAUGUACUAUAAUGGGGGUGUAAUCCAGGCUCUGUCGUAA